AUGCCGCUGCAACACAGUCCAACUCGUCCAUCUCGCAACAAUCAGAGUGCUACUCCUUGUCCAGCAAUGGCCAGCAUCGAAGAUCUCAAGCACAAGCGCACAGGCUUCAAAACCCGCCUCACCAAAAACAAAAACUGGGUGGAGAAAGAGGGUGCAGAUGCCAGAGCCGAACAUCUCGAGGCCAAACUUGAAACCCUCAUCGAAAAAUUCAAGGAAUGGGAAAUCAGCAAUGAGGAACUCUGCGCCUUGGACAUGGAAAACGAAGAGGCCAACACUAGAGCCGCUGAUGAAAUCGAGGAAAAUUUCCACUAUUUGAAAGGUUUCAUAAAAUGUAUAAUUAAUACAAAAUUAUUACCAACUCAACGAGAGCAUCCACCGAUUCAAGCCAUUCACGGUCCUGCACCCCCUCGAAAAUCACAGUCAAUCAAGCUGCCAGAAAUUUCACUCCCCAAUUUUGAUGGCAGAUACGAAAAAUAUCGAGGAUUUAGGGAUCAAUUUAACGCACGCCUCGGAAACAAUCCAGAAACUGAAGAUGUCGUCAAGCUCCAAUAUCUCCAGACCUGCUUAACUGGACCAGCCACUGAGACCAUCGCCAACCUCGAUCUCCAAGCCUCCAACUACAGAAUUGCGUGGACUCUACUAGAUGAAAAAUUCGACAGACCCAGGCAAGCUCUCCCACGUCAUUGGCAAACCCUUUUGGACCUCUGCAAACAGCCCAGAAAAUCAGAAAUCGAAAUUGUCAACAUCAUGCGUCAACAAGUACAAUGUCUCAGUGGCUAUGGUAAUGCACAAACUCUCCUGAAUGCUGUAUUCACCACUCUUAUCAUCAAUGCACUGGAUACCGAAGUCAUCUUUCAAUGGGAAACUACAGUAGAAGGUAAUGACAUGCCUGAUUACAAUCAACUUCUCAAAUUCAUUGAAAAACGUGGUAUCUGUGCUGAAAUCACUGGACGUGAAACAAUUAAACAGAAGCCAUCACAGGCUCCAAGCAAAGGCUCCACUCAAAAAUCAUCUACUGGAGGUCAGAAGACCACCAAUCACUCCAGUACGUCCAGCGUUCCCAGAGCACAGACCUUCAUGACCACCAACACCAGAAAGUGUCCAGUAUGUGCAGAAAUUGGACACAGGAUCUAUGAAUGCCCCAAGUUUGAGGCAAUGAACGUUUCCCAACGAGAUAAAUUCAUUCGAAAUGAAAAUCGUUGCCUGAAUUGUCUCGCAAAGGGUCAUGGCUACAACGAGUGUUCCUCUAAAACCCGUUGCAAGAUCUGCAAGGAAAAACAUCACUCCAAAAUCCACAUCGACAGAGGUGGACCGUCAGCAAAACCUGAAGCAUGA